CAAAAGGAGCAAACUUUUCCUUUGUUUAUCCUUCAAUCCCUUCUGUUAGAAUUUCGAAGUUGCCUAGCUCCUUCCCGUUUUGCUGAUUUUAGCUAUAUCUUUAAUUGCUUCUGUCUCCCAUUUCUCGCUUCUGGAUUUCCUUGAAGUUGUUAGGGGAGGCCCUGUUCUCGUUAGUAGUGAUAAUCUUUUGUGAACUUCAAUGGCUGCGUUGCUGCUUCUUUUCCUAAUAGCAAUCGCUGUUGCUGCUGAUGAAGAAGCUUUUAUUGGAAUCAACAUUGGUACAGCGAUUACUGACAUGCCAAGUCCGACACAGAUUGUGGCACUUCUUAAGGCUCAGAAUGUCCAACAUGUCAGACUUUAUGAUGCUGACCAGACCAUGCUUCUUGCACUUGCCAGAACAGGAAUCCGUGUGUCUAUUUCUGUUCCAAAUGAACAGAUCCUUGCCAUUGGUCAGUCGAAUGCCACUGCAGCAAACUGGGUUUCUCGCAAUGUUGUAGCUCAUGUUCCUGCAACCAACAUUACCUCCAUAGCUGUUGGAUCUGAAGUGCUAACUACCGUCCCGAAUGCUGGUCCAGUCCUGGUCUCUGCCCUAACAUUCAUUCACUCUGCACUAGUUGCUGCUAAUUUGGAUCGGCAAAUUAAAGUCUCUACUCCACACUCUUCUUCUAUCAUCCUUGACUCCUUCCCACCUUCCCAAGCAUUUUUUAAUCGCACUUGGGAUCCAGUUAUGGUUCCGUUGCUUAAAUUUUUGCAAUCAACAGAUUCAUUCCUCAUGCUCAAUGUAUAUCCAUAUUAUGAUUACAUUCAAGCUAAUGGUGUAAUUCCAUUGGAUUAUGCAUUAUUCCGUCCCCUACCUCCAAAUAAGGAAGCUGUUGAUGGCAACACUCUGCUGCAUUACACUAAUGUCUUUGAUGCUGUUGUUGAUGCUGCUUAUUUUGCGAUGUCAUAUUUGAACUUCACCAAUAUCCCUAUUCUAGUGACUGAGUCAGGAUGGCCCUCCAAAGGUGGCUCAUCUGAGUCAGAUGCAACUCUUGAUAAUGCAAACACUUACAAUAGCAACUUGAUCAAACAUGUGCUUAACAAUACAGGGACUCCUAAACAUCCUGGAGUUGCAGUUAGUACUUAUAUUUAUGAGCUUUAUAAUGAAGACUUAAGACAGGGUCCAGUCUCAGAAAAGAACUGGGGGCUUUUUUAUCCUAAUGGAGAACCUGUUUAUGUCUUACAUUUGACUGGUGCUGGUACUGUGUUGGCAAAUGAUACAACAAAUCAGACAUUUUGUGUUGUGAAGAACAAUGCGGAUACUAAGAUGCUACAGGCUGGACUUGAUUGGGCUUGUGGACCUGGGAAAGUGGAUUGUUCACCCUUGCUGCAUGGUCAACCAUGUUAUGAACCAAAUAAUGUAGCUUCACAUGCUACAUAUGCUUUCAAUGCGUAUUAUCAGAAGAUGGAUAAAUCUCCAGGGACCUGUGAUUUCAAAGGCGUUGCCAUUAUCACCACCACAGAUCCAAGUCAUGGUUCCUGUAUCUUUCCUGGAAGUGGUGGUAGAAACAGAACCGGUACAAAUGGCACGUCAAUGGCACCAUCUUCUAAUUCUACAUCAUCAGGCUGCUUUUCAAAAUACUAUUACAAUGGUGAACCCUUCACAAGCUCUUUGGUCAUCGGUAUGUUACUGUGGAGUGCAAUUGUCAUGUAAGCUAGCCAGAUUUGCUCUCUGCACAUAGUAUUGGAUCAUCAGAUUCAAGGAGGUGUGAUCUUCAACUUCAUUUGGAAGAUUGCUGCAAAAACCAAUUUUGUUUUCCUCCUAUUGAGGAUUUAAAGGGAGAUAGGUUUCAUCAAAAUGUAUAUUUUUACAUUUGUAAUGUAUGUCUUCAUUUGAUUUUUGUACAAACAACCAAAGACAGUUGACCUCAUUCAUGUAAGCACCAGGAUAGCCGGAAGCCACACUAUUUAUAGCUUCUUAUAAAUAGUGCAGCUUCCACUAAUGUUUAUAUGCAUACAUACAUACAUAUAUAUUGAUUGUUGAUAUUGACUAACUUCUAUAUUGAUGAUUUGUA